GCCAUCCCGGCCGUCCGUCGCCCACACGUGUCGCCGCGCCGUGCCACCGUGCCAGCCAUAACCCGGUCGCACGCCUCGCACGCGCGCGCCAACCCUAGCGUGCACGCGUGCCCUGCCCGUUCCCCACACGGCACGGCGGCGCGUCGGCCCGAUCGAUGCUGCGGCUGGAUCCGGGGGAGGAGGGCGAGCUGAUGGGCGGCGGGGCCGUCAAGGAUGAGGAGGACUCCGACGAGGAGGAAGGGGAGGAGGACUUCUUGGUGGCCGGCGACGAGCGGCGGCCUCCGGAGCAGAGCAGGCGGAGGGGCCGGGGGAGGGAGGAGAAGGAGCGGACCAAGGCGCGGGAGCGGCGGCGGCGGGCGGUGACGGGGCGGAUCCUGGCGGGGCUGCGGCGGCACGGCGGCUUCGGGCUGCGCUCCCGCGCCGACGUCAACGAGGUGGUCGCCGCGCUCGCCCGCCACGCCGGCUGGGUCGUCCUCCCCGACGGCACCACCUUCCCCUCCCACCCCCACCCCCAGACGCCGCGCCCCGCCAUGCUCGCACCGGCCAUCUCCCUCUCCUCCCCCUCCGCCGCCGCCACCGCCGCGCUGCUCCCAGUCUCCUCCUCCUGCGCCCCAGGCAUCGCCGUGCCCCCGCUCGCCGCGCGCCCGAUCUCCCGCCGCGCCGGGUGCGCCCCCGCGCUCCGGACCGCCGCCGCCUCCUCGCCCUUCGUGGUGCCGCGCGCCGUGCCCGAGGGCGCCCCCGCGUCGCCGCUGCUCGCCGUGCCGGUGCCAGACGACGAGGACGCCGACGCCGCCAUGGACGGCGGCGACGGGGGCGAGCAGACCGGCCUCGCGACGCGCCCGGCGGCGGCCGUCGUGGCCCCGCCGCGGCCCCCGCCCGAGCGGGACUUCGCCGGCACGCCCUACGUGCCCGUCUACGUCAUGCUCCCGCUCGGGGUGGUGACCGUGAAGGGCGAGGUGGCGGAGGCGGACGAGCUGGUGGCGCAGCUGCGGGUGCUCAAGGCGGCGGGCGUCGACGGCGUCAUGGUCGACUGCUGGUGGGGCAACGUCGAGGCGCACCGGCCGCAGGAGUACAACUGGGCCGGCUACAAGCGCCUCUUCCACAUCAUCAGGGACCUCAAGCUCAAGCUGCAGGUGGUCAUGUCGUUCCAUGAAUGCGGAGGCAAUGUCGGAGAUGACGUGUCCAUUCCUCUCCCGGAAUGGGUGAUAGAGAUCGGAAAGAGCAACCCGGACAUCUACUUCACCGACAGGGAGGGAAGGCGUAAUACGGAGUGCCUCUCGUGGGGCAUCGAUAAAGAAAGGGUUCUACAAGGCCGAACUGCGGUCGAGGUGUACUUUGACUUCAUGAGAAGCUUCCGAGUAGAAUUUGACGAGUAUUUUGAGGAUGGGAUCAUUUCAGAAAUUGAGGUUGGACUAGGUGCUUGUGGAGAGUUACGGUAUCCAUCUUAUGCAGCAAACCAUGGCUGGAAAUACCCUGGCAUUGGAGAGUUUCAGUGCUAUGACAGGUACUUGCAGAAAAAUCUGAGGAGGGCCGCAGAAGCACGGGGACACGCCAUGUGGGCAAAGUCACCAGACAACGCUGGCCACUAUAAUUCUGAACCAAACAACACUGGAUUCUUCUGUGACGGAGGAGAUUAUGAUAGCUAUUAUGGCCGGUUCUUCCUCAACUGGUACGCCCAGGUGCUGCUGGAUCAUGCGGACCGCGUGCUGAUGCUAGCCAGGUUGGCCUUUGAAGGCUCAGCUAUUGCUGUCAAGGUGUCAGGCAUACACUGGUGGUACAAAACUGCCAGCCAUGCUGCUGAGCUGACUGCUGGGUUCUACAACCCAUGUAACCGCGACGGCUACGCUCCAAUUGCUCAAGUAUUGAAAAAGCAUGGUGCGGCUUUGAACUUCACCUGUGUUGAACUGCGCACCAUGGAUCAGCAUGAGGUGUACCCCGAGGCCUUGGCUGAUCCAGAGGGCUUGGUAUGGCAGGUGCUGAAUGCUGCAUGGGAUGCCGGGAUACAAGUGGCCAGUGAGAACGCUCUGCCUUGCUAUGACAGGGACGGCUUCAACAAGACACUGGAGAACGCCAAGCCGCGGAACGACCCCGAUGGGCGGCACCUGUUCGGGUUCACCUACCUGAGGCUCUGCAGCACCCUCUUCGAGGGACCCAACCUCCCCGAGUUUGAACGUUUCGUCAAGAGAAUGCACGGCGAAGCGGUUCAUGACCUGAGGGCGUAGAUUGUCAGCAUGUUACAUACAUAAGUACAUAUAUAGAAGACAUUCUUGUUGUCCCAGGCCUUUGCUAUGGUUCUCAUUGGGGAUCCACAUGUGCCAUUUUUGUCUCGUGAUAGGUUGAUAUUUGAGCUAUAUAUUGAACCGAAUAACGCCGCUCCAAGAUGUAAACCAUAUAUAUCUUUCGUGCUUAUAGUCCUAGUCAUCAAGCUCGAGGAUCAUAAGUUGGUUUGCCUGUCGAGUGGCUGAGAACGCCGUGAGCAUCGCGUCGGGUCAUAGCUUCUGUAAAAGGUUUGAGGCUGUGCGAAUAAAAAUGCUGACGCUGUUCUCUCUC